AUGUCCGCCGCCACCGCCACCAAGCCCGCCGCCAAGAAGGCCGCCCCCAAGAAGGCCGCGUCCGGCACCUCGCUCACCUACGAGGCCAUGAUCAAGGCUGCCAUCGCCGCCCACCCCACCGACGCCCGCACCGGCAUCAGCCGAUCGACGAUCAAGAAGUACCUGCAGUCGCACUACCCCGAGACCGCCAAGCUCAGCGAGGCCUCGUUCAACACCCGCGUCAACCAGACCAUCACGCGCGGCGCCGAGAAGAAGACCUUCGUCCUGCCCAAGGGCCCCAGCGGCAAGGUCAAGCUCGCCCCCAAGGAGAAGGCCGCCGCUGAGAAGAAGGUCAAGACUCCCGCUGCCGACAAGAAGCCCGCCGCCGCUGCUGCCAAGAAGCCUGCCGCCAAGAAGCCCGCUGCCAAGAAGACCGCCGCUGCCGGCACCAAGAAGGCUGCCUCUACAACUGCCACCAAGGCCAAGAAGCCCGCGGCGAAGGCGCCUGCCAAGAAGGCUGCCGCCAAGCCAGCAGCGAAGAAGGCUGCCGCCAAGAAGGCUUAG